GAGUGCCCCAUCUCUAGAAAUCAAAAUCCCGAGGCUGGCCCCCGAGCCAAGGUAACCUUCAGAAGUACAAUAAAGCUAAAUGAACAUAACGCUUGGAUUGCCUCACGCAACUAACCCACAAAAAGAAGCAAACACUGAAAAACAAAACCAAAGCCGCAUGGAAGUAAGGGUGGAAUUACCCCGCGAAGAAAACUCACAAACUCAAACGAACAUUCAAAAACAAAAUAAAAGGAGCAUGCACGUAGUAGCAGAAAUACCCCUCGAAGAGAACUCACGAGCUCAAAUAAGCAUUGAGAACUACAAUAAAAGCAACAUGGACGUAAGGGUUGAAUUACCCCUCGAAGAUAACUCACAAGGUGAAGUGUUUCUUCAGACACACAAUAACUCCAAACACGGAGUGAUGGAAGGCACAAUGUCGCGUUUAUCAACGCCCUGCCCAGACGCCCUGCACACCCUCGCCUACUGGUGGUGGGUCCUGCAAGGGCUGCUCCUCGCUACCCUGGCGAGGUUCAUCUCGGGACCCACCGCACCCGACGAUGACAACCCUGACGAUGACAACCCUGAUGAUGACAAGCCUGAUGAUGACAACCCUGACGAUGACAACCCUGAUGAUGACAAGCCUGGCGAUGACAACCCUGAUGAUGACAACCCUGACGAUGACAACCCUGACGAUGACAACCCUGAUGAUAACAACCCUGAUGAUAACAACCCUGAUGAUGACAACCCUGACGAUGACAACCCUGAUGAUGACAACCCUGACGAUGACAACCCUGACGAUGACCCUGGUCUUGAUCUUGACCCUGGGGGUGAAGAGGAUGACUUUGAAGAAGUGGAACGGAGGGAGGUGGUUGAUGAGAAUGGCUUUGAGGAGGUGGACCGUAUGGAUGUGGACCUGGUAGAGGUGGACCGGAUGGAGGUGGACCGGGUGGAGGUGGACCGGGUGGAGGUGGACCGGAUGGAGGUGGACCGCGUGGAGGUGGACCAGAUGGAUGUGGACCAGAUGGAAGUGGACCAAAUGGAUGUGGACCGGGUGGAGGUGGACCAGAUGGAUGUGGACCGGGUGGAGGUGGACCAGAUGGAUGUGGACCGGGUGGAGGUGGAACGGAUGGAGGUGGACCGGGUGGAGGUGGACCAGAUGGAUGUGGACCAGAUGGACGUGGACCAGAUGGAUGUGGACAGGGUGGAUGUGGACCAGAUGGAUGUGGACCAGAUGGAUGUGGACCGGGUGAAUGUGGGCCAGAUGGAUGUGGACCAGAUGGACGUGGAGCAGAUGGAUGUGGACCGGGUGGAUGUGGACCGGGUAGAGGUGGACCAGAUGGAUGUGGACCGGGUGGAGGUGGACCAGAUGGAGGUGGACCGGAUCGAUGUGGACCGGGUGGAUGUUGACCAGAUGGAUGUGGACCGGGUAGAUGUGGACCGGGUGGAUAUGGACCGGAUGGAUGUGGACCGGAUGGAUGUGGACCGGAUGGAUGUGGACCGGAUGGAUGUGGACCGAGUGGAUGUGGACCGGGAAGAGGUGGUGGAGGUGGUGGUGGGGCAGUUCGGGGUGGGGGUUGUUGCCGCCCCUCCUGAUCCGCCCGGCCGCCACCCUGGUCCUGUUGAGUAAGGAGGGUGAAGGCGAGGAUGACUUUGACAACGUGAGCAAGAGGGACGCGGCAGCGAUGGAGUAAGGCAAUUGCAGAAUGUAUAAAAAAAUAUAUAAAAGAACAACAACAAAAAAAAUGACAAAAAACUCAAACCCCAAUACAAAAUGUGAGAGUUAAGGUUAAGGAUCAUAUUUCUUCGCGUCAAAAAGGAGCAAUGGUUUCACCCGACGAGGAGAAAACUUGUAAAUUAGCCAAAGUAUUAACGAAAGUUCCGUUCACGCCUUGCGCAGCUUGGAAAUAACGACCGGUAAACUUGGUUAAGCUUUGAGUUAGAUGAAAAGAAAACAAAAAAAUCAUCGGCCAGUGAGUACAUGUCGUGAACGACUUGAGGAACGAAAAAAGGAAACUGUAAUUAAUCUCACGUUGCUGUUCAAAAUGUCCCUGCGAAAUGGAACACCCGAAACGAAUGCCGUGUGUGUGUGUGUGUGUGUGUGUGUGUGUGUGUGUGUGUGUGUGUGUGUGUGUGUGUGUGUGUGUGUGUGUGUGUGUGUGUGUGUGUGUGUGUGUGUGUGUGUGUGUGUGUGUGUGUGUGUGUGUGUGUGUGUGGGUGGGUGGGUGUGGGUGGGUGGGAGUGCGUCGAUGUAUGUGAUGAAGUGUGAUAUAUUUUCACAUUGAUGUCGUGUGAUAUGUUUCCUUUUCAGGUAAUGCCGUAUGAUAUGUUUCCAAGUAAUGUGUGUGAUAUGUUCCCUCUCCAGGUAAUGUUGUAUGAUAUGUUCUCUCUCCAGCUAAUGUUGUGUGAUAUGUUUCCUUUCCAGGUAAUGUUAUGUGAUAUAUUCCCUCUCCAGGUAAUGUUGUGUGAUAUGUUCCCUCUCCAGCUAAUGAUGUGUGAUAUGUUUCCUUUCCAGGUAAUGUUGUGUGAUAUGUUUCCUUUCCAGGUAAUGUUGUGUGAUAUGUUCCCUCUCCAGGUAAUGUUGUGUGAUAUGUUCCCUCUCCAGGUAAUGUUGUGUGAUAUGUUCCCUCUCCAGGUAAUGUUGUGUGAUAUGUUUCCUUUCCAGGUAAUGUUGUGUGAUAUGUUCCCUCUAUAGGUAAUGUUGUGUGAUAUGUUCCCUCUCCAGGUAAUGUUGUGUGAUAUGUUUCCUCUCCAGGUAAUGUUGUGUGAUAAGUUUCCUUUUCAGAUAAUGCCGUAUGAUAUGUUUCCAAGUAAUGUGUGUGAUAUGU